UCCGCCCUGCAGAGAUGUCUGUCACCGUUCAACACAGUGCAGGCUGCAGCAGACAGCCCUUCUGAUUCGGAGGAAACCGCUUGAACUCAACUUUGGCAGCUACUUCCCUACGUGCUGACGUGUUAGGGACAUACGUCGACGCGAAUCGAACUGCACCCCUAUGCAGGUCUGAUGGCAGAGAUGUGAGAAGGAGUCAUGCCUCUGGUCAAGAGAAACAUUGAGCCUCGACACCUGUGCCACAGUGCUGUACCUGAAGGAAUUGGCAGCGAGCUGGAAUGUGUCACAAACAACACGCUGUCUGCCAUCAUCCGACAGCUCAGUAGUCUGAGUAAACAGGCAGAAAAUGUUUUUGGGGAGCUUUUUAAUGAAGCCAACACCUUUUACGUGCGUGCAAACUCUCUCCAGGACCGAAUAGACCGUUUGGCCGUCAAGGUUACCCAGCUGGACUCCAGCAUAGAGGAGGUCACUCUUCAGGACAUAAACAUGAGAAAGGCGUUCAAAAGUUCUACUGUCCAGGACCAGCAGGUUUUAUCCAAGGGCAGCACUCCCAACUCUGUUGCUGACAUGUACUACAGCAGCGACAAUCCUCCUCCUCUUAGCACUCUGACUACAUACAGAGAGGAUUCCACUGACGCAAUGAAGUUCUACUCUGACCCGUCAUACUUUUUUGACCUGUGGAAAGAGAAAAUGCUUCAGGACACAGAGGACAAGAGGAAAGAAAGACGGAAGCAACGAGAACAGAAGCGAUGUGUGGAAAGCAGCACCCUUCAGCGCGAGGUGAAGAAGGUGAGGAAGGCUCGAAACCGCAGGCAGGAGUGGAACAUGAUGGCCUUCGAUAAAGAGCUUCGCCCAGAUCACCGUCACCCACAGAUUCUUCGGCGAGGAGCAUCCUCUGAGGGAUCGCUUUCUCCAGAUGGCAGGCCUGACCUCCUAGACUACCCCAUCCCUCCACUGCCUGCCCACGCUGCUUUUAAGCAUGCUCAUGAUUGUGUCCCUGGGAAUGCACAGCCCUCGCCGCCAGUGGAGCAUGAGUACCAAAGCAUUGAUGUCAACUACAAGAGAGUAACCUAUGCCACAGCAGAACCUCAUGCUGCAGAGCGAAUGAAUGGUUCAGUUCGUCUACCUGCAGAUUACAACUCUGCACCUCAAACGUCUGCCCCAGGACCACCAAUCCCAUCACCCCAGACAGCCUUUGGUUUUCCUCCAGGUGCACUACCACCAGCGUCACAUAAUGGAGCUGUGCAUGUAGGCCCAGGCUACCCCCUACCACUGGUACCUCCCGCAGGCCCUCGUAUACUCCCUCCUCCCCCAGGGCCCCCGCCUCUUCCUCUCCUUCCACCUGCUGCACCCACACAACUGGCAGGACACAGUGAAAGUAGGAGAGGAGAGACUAAACCUGUGAGAGAUGCAAGAAGUGACCUGCUGUCCGCCAUCCGCAUGGGCAUCCAGCUGAAGAAAGUCCAAGAGCAGCAGGAGCAGCAGAAUAAGCGAGAGCCGGUAGGGAAUGACGUGGCCACCAUCCUCUCCAGACGCAUUGUGGUGGAGUACAGUGACUCUGAUGACUCCGAGCUUGAUGACAAUGAGUGGUCAGACUGACUGGAUGCAAAAUGUUGCAUUGGCUUAAGUUUUGCUUUUCCCAUUUUUUUUGGUUUAAAUGAAACAAAAGUGAAUUACUCAGUUUGGCUCCAUCUAGUGGACCAUACAUCCAGCCACAUGUUGCUGUCUUGUAUCCCACUGUCCACGUCCUCAGAUUCACCUCUUUGAGCUCAUCAUUGAACCCGCUUUAGUUCUCCUAACAGCCUAGCAUCAGCCAGGCUGUCAUCUGCAGAAAUUCUCAGAGGACUCUGUAGAUGUCAACCUCAUUCAUGACAAGGAAGAUGGACAAUACAGUGGACUCAUCCAAGAUCUUGUAGUCUGGUGCCAGUAAAACUGCCUCCAGAGGUGAUAAUGGAUUUUACUGCAGGUCUUUCCUACCUGCUGCUGUGAGGCUGUACAAGAAAACCAGGUCCAAGUAGACCACAAACAUAUAUGUAAAACUACUGUUAUAUUUAAUUAGCUAUUUUUGUAUUUACUUAAUGUUUACUUUUCUGUCUCUUUUGUGCACUGUCCUUAAACUACAUGCUAUCUGUUUUUUAUUAUCUUAAUCCUAUUCCACCUUAAUAUUUCACAAGGAAACUGGAUCACUAUACAGUCUUUAACAUUGUAUUUGGUGAAUAGUUGUUUACAAUUACAUAAUAGUUGUUCAAGUGACUGGUUUUUAACUAAUAUUGAAAUUAUAGCCCUAAGGUUUCUGUUUCAUUCCAAGCUGCACAUUUCAAUAAAAUGUUAUUCUAUAGCAACAAAGAACCCUGAACACAUAUGUAUUAAUUAUGCACAGUCAAAUUGUCUGAUCUGAUAAUUGCUUAUUUAUUAGCAAUGAGUGGAGCACUAUAAAUACAUAUUUUCAAGUUUUUUUUUUUUUUUUGUUUUGUUUUUUUUUACAUAAUAUUUUGCAAUUACCUGUUACUGGUCAUAUUUUGGACAAUAUACAUACAACCUCUUAUAUUUUCUCAAUGUUUUUGAAAAUCAGAGCUAUUAUACAGUUUGCAAUUGCUACCUCAAUUUGUGACCAUUUCAUUAUCGCACAGCACAAGUGUCAUCAGUAGUCUGAAUACAUUUUUAAUUAUAAUUUGUUUUAAUGUGUCUCAUCAUUAAACUUGUCCAAAUUGGAAACGUAUUUGCUGUUAUUAUUUCCGUUUUACCAUCUUUCUCUUU